AUGUCAUCAGGCAUAAAACCCACUGCAGAAUGUGAGCGUCUCUACAGGAGCUUGAAAAUGGACAAUUUGUAUCGUUAUAUCAUAUUCACUAUCCAGGACGGCAAAGAAAUCAUUGCGUCUAAGGCUGCUCCAAGAAAUGCUACAUAUAGUGAAUUUAAGGAUGAACUCACAUCUCGCAAGGAUACAGGCUGCUAUGCUGUUAUUGACUAUGAGUGUGAAGGAAUUAAAGGAUCAAACCUGAUAUUUGUUUCAUGGGUUUGUGAUUCUCUUCCUGUCAAACUGAAGAUGUUAUAUGCGUCAUCAAAAGAGGCACUUAAGAAAAGGUUUGAGGGAUUAAAGGGAGAUGUGCACGCUGUGGAUCUCGACGGCGUUGCCGAGUCUGUUAUGAUUAGUAAAGCGAAAGCGAAUCUUCGCACACUAAGCACUGCGAGCACUCCAGUCUACUGCAACGCUGUUGAAAGAAUAUAA